UGUGGGAGGCAGAAAUGCGCUGUAAGGCGUCUAGUCUGCCGGAAAUGAAAAGAGGUGUGGUCUCGCGAUACUUCCCUCAGCGGGCCGUGAGUUUGUUUCCUUUGUGUGAAGCGGAGAGCAGCUAGCACGCAGCAGUUAAUCUCCCGCUAUUAACGGAGGUUUGUGGCUUAUUAUCGGCGCGAAGUCCCAGAUAUCUUUACAUCAGAGCAUCUAGACUAAUCCUCACAGUUAAAGACGACACUGUUGCCAUGGCACUGAGACGAGGUCACAUCCGCUACCUGAAGGUGUGUGAGGUUCAGACGUCUCAGAGUGAUGUGAGAGACUGUAAAGGAGCCGCUGGAAAGGAGCUGUAUGAUAACGGCUACAGCGACCAGAUGAUGGAGGACGAGGACUCCAGGACCAACCUCAUCGUGAACUACCUGCCCCAGAGCAUGAGUCAGGAUGAGCUGCGCAGUCUGUUCAGCAGCGUGGGAGACGUGGAGUCGGCCAAACUGAUCCGGGACAAAGUGGCAGGUAACUCCUCCCGAAGUUCUGCAGAGCACCAGACAUCAGAGUACGACUGCGGCCACAGUUUAGGUUACGGCUUUGUUAACUUUGUUAACGCUAGUGAUGCAGAGAGGGCAAUCAGUACGCUCAAUGGCCUGAGGCUACAGUCUAAAACUAUCAAGGUUUCCUUCGCGCGGCCGAGUUCUGACACGAUUAAAGAUGCUAACCUGUACAUCAGCGGGCUGCCGCGGACGCUGAGUCAGCCCGACCUGGAGGACAUGUUCACGCGCUUCGGCCACAUCAUCAACUCCAGAGUCCUAGUGGACCAGGCCUCAGGUCUGUCCAGGGGCGUGGCGUUCAUCCGAUUCGACAAGAGGUCGGAGGCCGAAGACGCCGUCAAACACCUCAACGGGCACACACCCCCCGGCUGCUCCGAGCCAAUCACAGUCAAGUUUGCUGCCAACCCCAAUCAGGCCCGGAACUCCCAGAUGAUGUCACAGAUGUACCACGGCCAAUCACGGCGCUUCGGAGGCCCCGUGCACCACCAGGCGCAGAGGUUCAGGUUUUCGCCGAUGAGCGUGGACCACAUGGGCGGGGGGGGCGGAGUCUCGGGCAGCGCCUCGGCCGGCUGGUGCAUCUUCAUCUACAACCUGGGCCAGGACGCCGACGAGGCCAUCCUCUGGCAGAUGUUCGGCCCCUUCGGCGCCGUCGUCAACGUCAAGGUCAUCCGCGACUUCAACACCAACAAGUGCAAAGGCUUCGGCUUCGUUACCAUGACGAACUACGAGGAGGCCGCCAUGGCGAUCCACAGCCUCAAUGGGUACCGGCUGGGGGACAAGGUCCUGCAGGUGUCCUUCAAGACCAGCAAGGGGCACAAGUAGAGAUGGGAGGGGGUGAUGGGGGGAGACGGGGGA